AUGUCAUUCAGGAACUUUAAUCCAACUGUUGAAGUAAGUUUGAUUCUGGGUAAUACAAUAAUAAUCCUACGCUUUCCAAGUGCUUUUCUUGUCUUAAACUAUAUACAGUCCCCUUUUUACCAUAAGACCAUUACAAUGGGCAGUUACACUGUAACUUGUAUUCACAUCUACUUUAAACUCUAUACUGUACUCGAUCAGUAGACCAUUUUUUGGACAUUCAUUGUACUACAAUACAUGUAUCUUGAAAUCUAAAAAAAAUACAAAAAUGUAGAAAUAUAUAUCCUGAUGUACAUGUAUGUAGCUUUUAAGUGGUCUAAAAAUUAUAUGAUAGUACAAGAGAUUUAUACAAUGUGUAUGUUGUGGUCCAAUUUUGUCCUCUGUUUUAUUUUAUUUUUCUUUCUUUUAAUCUCAUAAUCAUACAUUUCCAAACCCCAAGACAAAGGAAAAUGAAAAUUAAGCCAAGGAUAAAAUUGAACCACAAUAUAUACAUUGGCAUGUUCUUAAAUAUGCAGUUAACUUCAACUCUUUGCUUGCAUGAGAAGCCUAAGGAGAUUGUAUUCCAGUCAUGUUCUCAAUGCUCAGUCUUCAAAUAAAUGUCAACAGAAAUUGUUUAAAGAGAUGCAAGCUGAGGAAGAUAUGGCAAGAUCAGAGGAACGAGAGCGGGAAGCAACUGUCUCUGACGAAGAGAUGGCGAGAAGGUAACAACUACUUUGUUAACUUUUUGUAAAAACUUGAAAAUUUAAUUUUUAUGGUUUAAUGCCUAGUACAUUUUGUUAGCCUUACUGACCUCACUAUACAUGUACAUUUACAAUGUAUUGUAGGGCCUCUUAUUUUGACAUGUAAUCUGAAAAAGUCAUCUCUAUAUCAAUAUGACAACCUGCACUGUACAUGUGACAUACCUAUGUUAUGAUUGAUUAUCUUGAGAGCAUACAUGCAUUCUCAAGAUAUAAAAUCCUCUAGAUGGAUAUAUGGUUGGAUACAUGCACAUGUAGGUUGGAAAGUUUGGGUGGAUCACAUUAGAGCGCUUGGCCACGAGGUCAUGUUCCGCCCAACAUGUAGUUCAUGCUUGUAAAGAGUCAACUGGUUUAGCUCAGGCCAGUUGGGAUUCAUGACCUUGUGAGUCAAAAUGAAAACUGCUGGUUUACCAGUAAAUUUGUUACCCCUAUAGAGUCAGUUUUUCCAAUACAUAAUGUAAUGAUAAAAGAGCUUAAGAGCAUCAGACAGAGGGGCUUUCCCUUGCUGAGAAUUCAAUAGAUUCAUGUACAUGUAUGACUGGAGCUCUUUGCUGAUCAAAUAUAUGACUAAAGCAAAAGGCCAAGGUAGUGAAACUUGUGUAAUAGGAGAAAGAACACUUGAGAUAGUGUGACUUGAUGUUUUACUGGGUAUACCUCCCAAGUUUUAUCAUUUACUAUGCCAGCAUUACAAAGAUAAUUUGAAUUAUCAGCUUUAUAAUUGUAUGAAGAUAAAAAUUUGUGAAAAUCCAUGUAAGUAAUUAAGAAAAAUGCUUGAUAUUUUUUUAAAAAAACUUGACAGUUCUGAGGUUAAUCCUUAAUCAAUUUAUAUCACCUCCAAGUGUCAAGGACAUUGAAAUCAAGGAAUGCAAUGAAAUGGCACUUCCAAUGUCUCAAUAUUUCCUAAAGUUUUUGUGUUUACCAAGUAAGCAUCCUCAUUAUUCGCUGGCAUUGUUUCCAAGUAUGGUCUGUACCUGAAUGAAUGAAUAAAUGAACGAAUGAAUUAUAUUUAAGUGUCAGAGCAUUUAGCUACAUAGUAGCAAAUUGUGGACACUAAAAGAAAAUUCAAAAUAAAAAAAAGUAAAAAUUAAAAAAACAAUUCUGCAAGUGUUUAAAAGCUAUUUUAAACAUUUAAAAUCAUUUUUUAAGACAGGGAAGGUUCAUAAUAAAAAUCUAGAAAAACUGCACUAUUCACAAAAUUCAAUAUCGCUUAGUUCCAAGUAAAACUGAUAUUUAGAAUAUUCACAAAUUAUAACGUUUUAGUUAAGAAGUGAUAAAAUUCCGGUGCAAAUGUGGUUAAGUGUUACAUAAGUUACAGUUGGUGCACGUUCCCUCAGUAAACGAAGUCAAGUCUUCCUUUCUGACGUUCCAUGUAAAAUUGUCCAGCCAAGGUCACUGUGGAUCACUUGAGGAUGGUUUUGACCUGCAGUGUACAAAAUUUGACACUUGCAGUGAAACCACUCGCCUGCGGCUCGUGGUUCCACUUGAGUUUUGAACAUUUCAUGACAUCAUGUCUAUGUGUGUGGUCUAAGAGUGUAGACCAUGGAAGAUUGUGGUCGAUUUGUUAAUAGGACCGCUUAAAGGUGUAUAUUGCAUUUGUGAAGGUCUAAAAGUACUCUGGAUAGACUAGAAGAGUGUUUUCAAUGCAUUUGUGAGAAAACCGUGGAUGGAUGUCACUGAAACAAUUAACUAAACCUCGUCUGAAACCCAGGGUACCUCCAACCAAACAGCUUUGUCUUAUUUCCUUUUUUUGUCAUUCAGCAUGUCUAAAGGGUUGUAGUUAUCAUAGUUUAUUAUGUUAACCUCAGUUUACCUACAGAUGCAUAAUUAUUUAGUUGAAAUGGGAUAAUGUGAUGAUAAUUACUGGCUUAAAGACACACGUUAAGGCCGAUCGUCAUACAUGUAUGCAUCUAUACAACAACAAUUACUUUUAAUGAGAAGCACAAUGUACUCCUCCUACUCUACUCCAUUCAAUAUUGUUAUUAGCCUGUGAGCAAGCUUUUUUGACUCUGAGUGAAGAGUCUGGCAAAUAGAAAGCUUCAGCUUGUAAGGAAUACUACUAUGAGCUGCUUGGUACCUUCUAAAAAGAACAUUAAAGAAACUCUUUGAUUUGUUCACUUUAAAAUAAAAUUUUAAUUCUCUUUAUUAUAACAGAUAUGAAAGUCUGGUGGGUACUGUAGCCAAGAAAUUUUCAACAAAAAGAAAACGUUCAUCAGCAGGUGCUGUUAAUUUUGAAGCAGAAAGUCCUGCCUCUCAUCAACCAUCAAAGAAAACGAAAAGAGGCUUUAUGAAGCCAAGGGAAUAA